CGCGACGUUACGUCGCCGCCAUUUUGUUUGACCGGGAGUAAAGAAGCACCGUUAGAGAAGAACCGGCGUCUACCUUCUCCUCCAUCUGGACCUCCAUAACGCGGCGGAGCGGCACCGGGCACCGAGCUUAGAACCACACGAUGUCUGGAGACAUGGCCACAGAUCAUGUAAACGGGAACGGGACAGAGGAGCCGAUGGACACGACGGCGGCGGAGGCGAGCCGCUCUGAACACUUCCCGGCGCUGCUGGAGGCGGGGCUACCUCAGAACGUGGCCGAGAAGCUGGACGAGCUCUACGUAGCAGGUCUAGUAGCACACAGCGACCUGGACGAACGAGCUAUUGAAGCUCUGAAGGAGUUCAACGAGGAGGGAGCGCUGCAGGUGCUGGUCCAGUUCAAAGAGAGCGACCUGUCACACGUGCAGAACAAAAGUGCCUUUCUCUGUGGGGUGAUGAAGACUUACAGGCAGCGGGAGAAACAAGGGACGAAGGUUUCAGAUUCCACUAAAGGACCCGACGAGGCCAAAAUCAAAGAGCUCCUGGACAGAACCGAAUACACACUGGACGUGACAACAGGCCAGAGGAAGUACGGAGGGCCCCCCCCAGAGUCUGUGUACUCAGGGGCCCAACCCAACGUUGGCACAGAGAUAUUUGUGGGGAAGAUUCCCCGUGACCUGUUUGAAGAUGAGCUGGUUCCUCUCUUUGAGAAGGCUGGACCUAUCUGGGACCUGAGGCUCAUGAUGGACCCUCUGAGCGGCCUGAACCGCGGCUACGCCUUCGUCACCUUCUGCACUAAAGAAGCCGCCCAGGAGGCCGUCAAGCUGUGCAAUAACCAUGAGAUCCGCCCUGGCAAACACAUCGGGGUGUGUAUAUCUGUGGCCAACAACAGGCUAUUUGUUGGCUCCAUUCCCAAGAGUAAAACAAAGGAGCAGAUUGUUGAGGAGUUCUCCAAAGUCACAGAGGGCCUGAGUGACGUCAUCCUCUACCAUCAACCCGACGACAAGAAGAAGAACCGCGGCUUCUGCUUCCUGGAGUACGAAGACCACAAAACGGCGGCUCAGGCUCGCCGCCGGCUAAUGAGCGGCAAGGUGAAGGUGUGGGGCAACGUGGUGACGGUGGAGUGGGCCGACCCCAUCGAAGACCCCGACCCAGAAGUCAUGGCCAAGGUAAAGGUUUUAUUUGUGAGGAAUCUUGCCAACGGCGUCACGGAGGAGAUCCUGGAGACCUCCUUCAGUGAGUUUGGAAAACUGGAGCGAGUGAAGAAGCUCAAAGACUACGCCUUCAUCCACUUUGAGGAGAGGGACGGAGCAGUGAAGGCGUUGGAGGAGAUGAACGGGAAGGAGCUGGAGGGAGAACCCAUUGAGAUAGUUUUUGCCAAGCCGCCAGAUCAGAAAAGGAAGGAACGCAAAGCUCAGAGACAAGCCGCCAAAACACAAAUGUAUGAUGAUUAUUACUACUACCCUCCUCCUUCCCACAUGGCGCCGCCGGGCCGAGGCCGCGGCCGGGGCAGCCGCGGCAGCUACGCUCCGUACCCGACCGACUACUACGGCUACGAAGACCCCUACUACGACUACUACAGCUACGACUACAGCAGCCACAACCACAACUACCGCGGCGGUUACGAAGACCCCUACUACGGCUACGACGAAUUCCAUACGGGGGGACUCCCGAGCCGGGGGCGGAGCAGCAGCCGGGGCGCCCGCGGAGGAUCGUCUCCGGCCCGGGGGCGCGGCGGCGCCGGGGCACCCAGAGGACGGGCCAACUUCUCCCAGCGGGGCGGGCCCGGGCCGGGCCGCGGCGGGCGGGGAUCAAGAGGAUUGCUGCCGCCGAGAGCUCGAGGAGGGGUACGUGGUGCUCGGGGUGGCCGCGGUGGAAAUGUAGGAGGAAAGCGCAAAGCUGAUGGGUACAACCAGCCAGAUUCCAAGCGGCGCCAGACCAAUAAUCAGAACUGGGGCUCUCAACCCAUUGCUCAGCAACCGCUCCAAGGUGGUGAUCAUUCUGGUAACUAUUCCGGUUACAAAUCCGACAACCAGGAAUUUUAUCAGGAUUCUUUUGGGCAACAGUGGAAGUAAACCAGUAGGGCUUUGAUAACAACAAAAUACGUGUUUUAUUGUUUUUGUUUUUGUCUUUUUUUUUAUUUAGAGACUUGAUCUGAUUGGCCCUCAAUCCCAUACGGUUGCCUGCAUUUUUUUCCUCAAAAUUGGGUGACAUCUGGCAAGAUCUCUUUUUGUACAUAUUUUAAUAAUCCGCUUGGACUCAAACAGUAGUCACACUCCCACCUGUCUCUGGCAACUGGUUUUCUUUUAUUAUUAUUAUUCCUUUUGGGUCUUUUUCUUUUUUUUUCCUUUUUUGUUUUGUUUUUUAAGAUGGUCGUUUUAAAAGAUUUUCCAUAACAACGUUUGAGAAAAAAAUUUUAGAUGCAAAUAUGUGCUCGAGCUGUCUAUUUGGCUUAUAGCUUUAUGUAUGUUUUUAGAGAUUCUGGUUUCCAUGUUUUAAGUAGCUAACAGCAACAAAGCAUAUGUCUCCUAAACUUGUAUUUAAAACAAAUGAACAUACAAUUUGUAUUGUCACAAAGUAAUGUCUUGUUAUUGAGAAGAAGAAAGAAAAAAAAAAAAAAAAAAAAAAAAAGGACCAUUGCUGUCCUUAUUUUUUGGCUUUUACAUUUUGGCUUGUAUUCUUUGCUGUUUGUCUGCUUUAAUAAACAUACACGCACACGUGUACAAAACUUCAAA